AGUGAGUGAGAGGGCGAGCGAGCAAGAGAGAGAGAGAGAGAGAGAGUGAGAGAGCGAGAGAGAGUGAAUGAGAGAGCGAAAGAGCUAGUGAAUGAGUAUAAAGGAAGACCCGGGCGGGAAAUCCGACCGCAGCCGAGGAAGUGAAGUGAAAGUGUUAUUGUUUCGUCGUUAAAUAACCUAUCCAUUGAGUGAGAUUGAAUACAAUGCGAUCAGAGUAGCUCUCCUGGGAUUAGAGAACUUCCACGAUUAUCCUCAGGCAAUCGCCGAAAUUAAAAACCUGCUUCUCAGUGAACUAGCGAAGACGAUGACGUCGUUGGAUCGACAUUAACCAAGUUUUAUUUGAAAAGAUCAUCGAUGGACUUAAUGAUGCAUCCGCGAUGCAAGUAAUUCUCUACUUUAAAUACAUAUCUUUGGAAAAUUGCAGCCAGGACAAUUGGUCGAAAUGUGUCUCGCACAUAUCGCGAGAGAUUAUUGUAGAGAAAUAAUCUGUCGCUGUAAGUUCAUUCACUGAAUACUUUACGAAAUCCUUUCACGGAGGGGAAAAUGCUUCGAGUGCGCUCCCAGAAUAGCGUGUAUGAGCAGGAGGCGAAAUUUGUACAGGAUCGUAUAACAGGCGUGGAGAAGCACUUCGCUAAACUAUGCACGAUAUUUGCAGCGUUUACCAGGAAAGCGGCCAGACUGCGCGAUAAAAGUGACGAGUUUGCAAAAGUAAUACAGGUCUAUGGUGAUUCGAAAACUAUAAAUCGAUCCAUGAGUACUGGAUUGGCGAACUUUUCAGCAACGUUAUCAGUCGUCGGUGAUUAUAGUAGAGAUGCAGAAGUGCAAAGAUUGGACACCAAAGUAAGUGCGCCUCCUUCACAGUACGCAAUGAUUUGCAAGCAUGCGCGCGAUGAUGUAAAAAAUACCUUCGCAGCACGCGAUAGAGAAUUCACAGAACGAAGGCAAUUGGACAAAGUUCGAGAAAGAAACCCUAGGAAUCGUCAAAUGUCACAAGCCGAGUCUGAACUGAUGAAAGCAUCCGUUGAGAUGUCCCAAGUGGUCAAGGGAUUGGAGGAGCAGAUCAACUCGUUCGAGCGACGAAAGCUGCACGAUUUGAAAUCUGUACUAUUGGAUUUCGUCACCAUCGAACUGAGGUUUCACAGAAAGGCUCUUGAACUUCUGACUAAAGCGUACCAAGAUUCGUAUCCAUCGACGAAAUUAAAGAUCUUGAGAUGAGAUUUUUUCAAAUCGUGUGAUCAUUUUCAUAUAUCAUGUAUAAGUGUAGUUGAUUUAACAUGCUUUUAACAUGCAGGACUAACGUAAUAACGUAUCGAUAAUAUUGUUUAACCAAAUCACGCGAUUAUGUACAGGAAUUAAGAGACUUUAGACAAACAAUGCGCGCCCCUGACUCCGUCACAAGGCUGGACACAGUAAACAGAACGUCGUUUCGACACGCUUAUUCCUUAACGAACUUAACUAACCGAUUUGCAUCCUCUCCUGCGACACUGCAGAAAUUGGCUAAUCGAGAAGCCGAGUCUGCUGUAAGCUCAAUAAUUCAUUUAACGUGUGAGUCGUUCUACUAUUCCAUUCUUGAAUCUUUAACGAUGAAUGCUUCCAGGAUUCCGUACAAACCGGAUUCACCAAUUCAUCCGAGUCGGUCCAAGUUCUCAGGCCUAUCCCACCAAUCCCUACAUGUCAGAAGUCCUUCAUAUCGUCCAUAAUAUCUCCAUAAUAUAUCGCAUACCUUCGAAAAUGAUUGUAUUUACACACUUACUUCACUUACUUUUGAAAAAUACUCGAUUUGUACUUUAGAUAUAAAUGUCUAUGAAUAGUUGUUUAAGAUUUAAUAAAAGAAGAGGAUCCUGAAUCAUCUUUAUAAUGUCUAAUAAUCAAUAUAUGUAUUAUGAGUUAGGGUAUAUUAAAGUUGUGUUAUUUAAAAUGUAAUUCUCAUUCACUUUCUGAUAGCUCAGUCAAUCGUAAUAAAGAUCAUUUAAAG